AGCUUAAAGAUUUAGUUCAAUAGUUAACUUCACUUGGAGCGGACGACGUAUUUUUGCUUUGAUUUGCAACUCACGAAAUAUUUCGCAGCGAAUUAGGUGCAUAAAAUGGGUAGAAUUGAACAGUGGUUUUUAUGUGGAGUCGUCAUUUUCCUCUAUUUUAUGUUAAGUGAGAAGAAAGUGAUUGAGAAGAAGGUUGCCACAGAUAUCAAAAUAAAUGAAUAUUUGAUACCAGCAGACGUUUUAAGAGACUUUCCGGGCAGAUGCUUUGCCGUAUCCCAUUGCAAAUUGUUUAAAAUUGAAGAAAGUUGGGACUUAAAAACAACAUGCGGUCGGUCAACAUGCAUUCGAGAUACAAUUAACUUAGACAAGCUCUUAGAAAAAGUUGAAAUUUGUCCGCCAUAUCCACCAAGUACAGCAGAAUGUACAAUAUAUGUUCCGGAAACCGACAUAACAGCAUCGUAUCCUAAUUGUUGUCCCACAUUUUUGUGCAAUAUUAAUGAUAAUUGGAACUAUCAAAAUGAAGGAGAAAAGAAAGAAGAAGAACAGAAAGAUAUGAAGAAGAAUGAAAAAGAAAGAAAAGAAAAACAAAAGAUUGAACUUUAG